AGCUGGUACAAAUCAGAAAAACUUCCCUAUUUUGGUCUUUAGCGAAGUGUACUCCUACCCAGCAACUAUGUCUUUUGUUGACACUCUGCGCCAGUGGGACAUGGCUGUAACUUGUGUUGACAGACAGGAUUUGUCAGAGGCACUCAAGAUUUUCCUGUCUAUCCAAGAUCCAAACUCUAAAAUUAGUUUUGACAUUGGCUGUCUCCAUCUUCUCAACAAAGACCUGGAUGCUGCUGAAAAGGCGUUUGAUUGCAGCAUACGUAAAGAUGAGCAUUUGGCUGUUGCCUUCUUUCAAAGAGGAAUGACAUUUUACAAAAAGAAGAGGUAUGAGGAGAGUUUAGCUGAUUUCCAGCAAGCUUUCAAAGCACUAAGAGGCAACCAGCUGAUAGAUUACAAAGCGCUUGGUCUCAGAUACAAAUUAUAUGCAUGUGAGGUUCUUAUCAAUAUGGCUCUGUGUGUGGCUCAGCUGGGUAACUGGGAAAAAGCCCACGAAAACCUUGUGAAGGCUCUCAAUUACAAGACAGACGCCAAGCUCAACAUCAUCGAUAAAGCUCUGGAUUCCGCCCUGAAACAGAAACUUUUCAAACCAGUCGAGUUCCCAUCAAAAGUGCUUUUCAAACCAAAUAAGCACUAUGUUGCUGAGCUGGAGAAGAAGGACUACCUGGGCAAAGCAAAGGUGGUUGCCUCUGUAGUUCCUCAGGAUGCCUUCUCUGGAUUUGCCCCAUUACAGCCACAGGUACAAGACGGUCCAACUAGUCCAAAGGAGCCGGAGGUUCUAAGGGCUUUGGAAGGAGAACCCCACACUGUCCUGUUUCAGUUUGUUCCUGAGACCAGCGAUGAGUUGGCUGUCGUGCCAGGCAAUGUUGUGUUUGUGCUGCAGAAGGGAGCCGAUAACUGGGCAUCUGUGAUCUUUAAUGGAAGAAGGGGACUUGUUCCUAACAAUUACCUGGAGCGUUUGGAGAUGUCCAUGGCUUCCAAACAGAACGAGGGAAUACCUCAGCCUCCGAGUCAGGAACCACCGACCAGACCUAAAAGAAAACCAGGUCUAACUCCAAGGAGCGACAGCAGCGACUCAGAGAGAAAGGAAGAACAGCCUCCUGACAAUUCACUUAUUGUCAAAGUCCGUUUCACAUUCACCUUUGCUGUCUCAGUACCACCUGGAUCUCCUUAUGAAAUACUGAUUGAAAAAAUCAGUAGGAAACUGAAUCUCCCUAUGACUGCAAUCACUUUGAGUCUAACCCCUGAAGCUAUGGGACAAAGUGUUAUCAAUGACAGCACAGACAUGGAAAGUGUGUGGAGUCGUGCCAGUGGUGUGCACAUCACUUUGUGGUGUUACGCAAAAGAGCAAGCAGAUCACAGUCCAAAUAUCGAGGUUCCCUUGGUGGCACUUUACUCGUAUGAGUCAUCAAAUCCAGAGGAUCUCAAGUUUCAUGAAGGCGAUACAAUCACAAUAAUCUCUAGAGUUAACCAGGAUUGGUUGGAAGGGCAAUGCAACGGGGAUACUGGUAUAUUUCCUGCGUCCUUUGUGGAAGAAGUUCCUGUCAAUGGCCAGUAAUUUAAAUGAAUGAAAGUAAGCAGCAAAAAAUAAUAAAAGGAUAAUCUGAUCAUUGGUCAGGUACUCUCUCUCUCGAAACAAUUUUAGAAUCAACCACAUUCGAUUAAUUUGUACCUAUAAAUACUUAAUAUUUACAUUUUUAAACACCUGUUCAUUCAAAUAAACUCCUCUUCAAGUGUGUCAAGUUGUUAUGUUUGGAUAAAUGCGAUAACAAAAACUAGUGAUAUCUGAUAUACAUUUUAUGAAAAAAACAUUUAAUUAUUUCUUACAUUGAGUAAUUCAAUUCAGCAAUAUACAUCUAAAUGCCUCAGGCAUGAUUAAAUAGUCUUGUGUGCUACUGGUAAGUUAUCCUUCCUCUUCAUAGGCAAUAGCUAUGCCUCUCCUGCCCUCUACUGCCUUCACCACAGGUGUCGCUCCCAAAUUCUGCUCCAAGCCACGCCAGCUUCGUUCUGCCAGAAAAGACGCUGAGAAGAGAAAGCACAAAUAUGUAAACGUAAUAUAUGAUAUUCAAAAGUAUAUUUGUAUAAGAAAAACACUGGUUGAUUGUUUUCUCACAUGCACAAGAUGCAAUAACUGUAUGAGUGCAAAGUCUACAAUAAACUCAUGGAUGUACAGAAAUUAAA